AUGUUCUUCUUCUUCGUCUUCGGCGAACACACCUUUCGCAAGCCGGUCCCCGGCUACGAAAACAUCGUCUGCCAAUGCUACAACUGCGGUAACAUGUCUGGUCGCGUGCUCAAGUCCAAUCCGUGGUUCACCCUGUGCUGGAUCCCCAUCAUUCCUCUCUCCAUAAAGGGAUACAAAGACGUUUCCUGCCACAUUUGCAAUUUCCGACAACCCCUCGAGAAUAGGCCCGACGUUACGGCCAUGGCGAACGGUCAUGCUCCCCUUCCUCCUGGUCCCCCGGGUCCUCCGCAUCAGGGAUGGCAUGGGGGUCCGGCCCAGGGGCCCGCGACGUAUGCUUAA